GGAAGCGAUUCAACAUUUAGUGGAAAACAUUGCAGUUGAUCACACAAGGAUUUCCACUCCACGUCAACAUCGAGAGAAGAAGGUUUUUUUGGAAAAUUGAAUUUGACAGAACAUUUUCUCAAAGCAAGACAUGUAGUUUCAGAAGCAUUUCGUGUAACGAUGAAGUGCCCAUCUUGUGGGAAUCCCGAACUGCAAGAACAUCAUCGCUUCUGCUGCAGUUGCGGCUUUAAUCUUGCUCUUGCAACUUCAAAAGUGUCAAACACGAGCCCUGAGCAAUUCACAGCUACUGCAGAUCACCUGAACAGGACUGAGGUUUUUGAAAACAGACCACACCCUUCUCAGGAUCAGGGCUCGGAUGUUACUGGUCAACCCCCUUCAAUAACAGAAUCAGCCGAUGAAGCUAAAAGCAAGAGAGACGAAUCGGAAAGAGACUGUUCUUCAAAUAAAGGAGAGGCAAAUCAGAAUAAUGAUAUUAAAAGUCCUCCUAAUUCGAGCGAGGUUGAAGCCUUACAAAAAGAAGGAAAAAUCCCUCUCACUGAGUCAAACAUCGAAACCCGUGAAAACGGAGACCAUUCUUCUGAUACACCAAAGUCCCCCAAUACAGAGGCAACUGUAGAGCAGGAACGCACCGAAGCAGCACCGGAACCAGAAACGGUUAACACCGUCAGAGCCACACCCAACACGGUACCAGGAGGAACUCAGACAGGAGAGGUACCAUGCAUUUCAGCAGAAGACCGAGUACACAUCAGCGAUGAUCAAAACGGCACAAAAGCGAGUGGAAGUUCUAAAGAAAAUGUUUACCCAGGUCUGAGUGGAGACUCUGAUCAUGAUACCAAUCAACAGGCGAUAACUCCACCCAUCACUACUGACGAAAAAAGAACCACUUGUCCAGGACAACUGGAUAAGAGCGCUGCAAAUCCGAGCAUUGACGCGAAGGAAGAAGUCAUGAAGAAAAGUCACAUUGAUAGCAGCAGAGAGCCUACAAAUGAUGUUAGAGAGCGACAAGAAGAUGUCCAGCAGGUGCCACGUGGGGAGAAUAUUGCUGUGGAGCAGAGGAGCAACACAAAGGUCAUUUUAGGGAAUACGGAGGGUGCCAAGAAUGAUUCAACAUUCGACAGCAAUAAAGGAAAGGAAACUGGUCAAGAUACUAAGGGUAAAAUGGCUGAGAGUUCAAAUGUUACAAAGGAUAGGAGAGCUGCUGAUGAUAAAGAGAAGCAAUCCACGAAUGCCAAUGGUAACAGCAACAAGUCAGAUAAUGGCCGACAAUUCGUCUUAAGGUCUGAAUCUAAUGCCGCAUCAGUAGAAAAUAUCAAAGGGGAAGCUUCCAAACCAGGAAUGUUUCAAUCAGGUGAAAACGGUAGAGGUGGUCAGAGCACUAACCAAUCAGCCACUAACCAACCAUUAACAAAUAACAAACCACUGAGUGCUCACAGUGAUAAAAGUGAACCAAAUUCAGACACCGAAUUUCUGACUGUCAUUUUCCACGCGUUAUUAACGCCAACGUUCCAUUUCAACCCUCGACAAGGGGAUAGAAUUUUCAUCUGCGGGAGUUUUCCUUUUUCAUGGAAAGACCCUCAGUCUCAAGUUGAAGUUCGCAUUGUCAGGGAUUUAUCCGAUGGCUACUUUCUUUUGGAGGGAAGUGCCAAUAUUACUCUGCGACAGGCAUCCCGGAGAAUCUCCUACAAAUACGUUGUAUUUCGCUCUCAAGGAAAGAACGCGCCCCUAAAACCAUUAUGGGAAUAUCUGCUUGGCUUUAUACCUUACGUGAGAGAUCAUGUUAACCGCUCCUUACUUAUACGUGAGGAUUCUCGGGAAAGCAACGCUGUUUGGCACCAAUAUGACGAUGCAGUCUUCAGUGAACCUCGAUUUUGGGAGUCCGUUAGCAGCCAUAUACCCUUUCUGGGAAAAGUUCCUCUUGAUCCAGCGGAGGGUCGAAGAAGAGCCAUGCUAAUCAUGUUACCGGAAUGGGACAGAAUUUCACUUGGUGAAAGAGGAGUUAACGCGUCAACUGCCUUGACUCAAAUUAACGAUGUGAUGUAUUGCAUGAGAGAACAAGAAGUGCAGAAUGGAAGUUACAUUUCCCAUCGCCCCCUAAUCGGUUUUGAUGAAAGGCAGGUGCUGUUUGACUACCUGUUUCCACGGCUGAAAUACAACACUCAAGUGCAGCAAACCCAAGCCAAAGAUUAUGAAGUUCAAGUUAAACGACUGGUUACUUCUAUUAUGAUCGCGUCCCUCGCUGUUCGUCAUCGCCUGAUAUUCAUCGAGGAUAAUGUGUUGAAGGAAAUUUUAGAAAAUCUUGCGUUGCAUGGAAACACUAUUCAGAAGAAAUGCAUCGAGCUCGAGGAACUUUCGUCGUAUUUUCCAGAUAAAGUGCAGAGGACACUGGUGGAGAACUUGAAACGACUGUGUAAAUACGUAAUUGAGGAAAAGGACUGCGUAUUUCAUUGGUUGUUCGCGGUCCCCUUGCUUCAUUUCUUAUCGAAAUCAGUAGCACCAUUCUCGGGCGGACAGCUACCAGCAGCACCAAGUUCACUUAAUGACAACAAUUGGUGGGGAGCAGAUGACUACUUCGACUUUGUUCGAGUUCGACGGCAAGCGUUCAAUGCAAGUGAGAGGGCCAACACUCCAGCACUUUUGCAAAACCAACUUUCUCCCAUGUUUGAGCUUGACCCAUUGUUCAAAAGAACAUUUUUGUUGGUACUUUCAAUCUGUGACAUGAGCAAGGUGUUAAAGAGGGGAAAGUUCUCUUUGUAUGAAGUUUGUUGGACACUUCUUCGGAUCGUAAAGGAGAGAGAUAGGCCCCUAUUUCUCACGGAGGAAGAGUGGAAUUCUCUUGAAGAAUGCAUUCAGGACAUGAACGUCGCAGUUGCUGAAAGGUUUGAGAGGGCGGGACACUUCACUCAGUGGGAGGAAAUGACGUCACUAGCCCAAGCAGUAUCACAGCUUUUGCAGCACCUGCUAACAGAGCACCAACUAGCAAUCCAGAAGAAAAGUCAAAUACUCUGUGGCCUUCUGAAACUCCUAAGCAAAAGUCUUGUCCUGGCUAAACAAGACUCUUCUGCUAUGCAGUUUGACGGAAAGGAAGGCACUAUGCAUGAACAUAACUUCAAACAAUCGUUUGAAAGUUUACGGAAAUCUUUGGAAACGCUGCAUCGGGCUUCAGGAAGGUUACAGAACGCAUCAGAAAAGUACUGCGAAGAAGAAUUCCAGUUUUGGUCGAACCUUCUAUCGUUAAAGCUGGAUGACGAUGAAAUGCAACAAAGCCUGGAAAGCUGUGUGAAAGGAGUACUUGAAAGUCGGAUUUGUGAAAUCGACUACCAACGUGUCAUAGAAUUAUAUUGCACCCUUGAUCUCAGCAUUUACCAUCAAGAAGUUGACGACUGCCUCAUGUCCGCUGCAUUCAAGGCUAUAGACCGUUCUCGACAGGGCGACAUCAGGGACGACCAAUUGGAAAAGUUGAGUUGGAGUCUAGAAUCAUCAAAGCUAACUGACCGGCAGGCAUCUGGGGUCGGCAAACUGUUUGGUCGUUUUCUAAAGAAGCAAUGGCCAGAGGGAAGAGAUGGAGGAGAUCCUUCGCGCGAUGAGCUUUUGCGUCAUUUGUUUUCCUGGAAACCGAUGGAAGAAUACUUGAAGUACUUUAACGGCCAACGUCAAGAUGGAUUAAGUCUACCUCCUGAAGGCUUGGGGCUUCUUCAUCAGGCAUCUUCACUUUUGGAAGAAGUCAGCACAGGCCUCAGGAAUGCUGAGAUUGACGUGAAAACUCUACGACUUGUUCAGAAAAAUCAACAAAAGUUCCUAAAGUUGAACUAUUUGCGAUCCAGCUCUGGGGAAAAUCAAUCAAAAGUCCCUCAUGAGGCGAUCAAGAUAGAUAGAGUCAAGGAAAACCAAAAAGAGACAGAUCCUAUGGAGCUGUUUCUUGAAAUGCGUUGUGAUGAGCUUAAAGCGUUUGAAAGCGAGAAAGCAGCAGUAUCAUCGUUCGUGGAGUUUUGUUCUGCUUUAAAAUCAGUUAAAGUGAACUUGGAUGAAAUCAAAGAAAAGCUGAAGAAGGACAUAACAUCUUGUCGUGUGCUUGAUCUUUGCCACAAGCGCGGAAACACUGAAGAGCCUCUGGUAAGAUAUUUUGAACUCACGUCGAAGAAUAAGAGAAUGACCAAGUAUCUUCACCAACUCCAAUCCAGUUAUCUUUUCCGUACCAUCUGGCAUAAGUGCGAGGAAAAGGUUGCUCCCAUUUGCCGAGAUGAUCCCCGACUAGCUGGAAUACUGACAUUAGACGCAGUAAACGAGCUUUUGUGGACCCAGUCUUUCGAAAGAUGGCAAACUCUGUGGGAUCGAGUAUGUAGCGGGCAAAUAAGUCUGAGAGAAGUGGAUGAAAGAUUCGACAAAUUUAGAAAUGAAUCUGAGCGUUUCGAUAUUGAAAUUGGAAUAGCACUGAAGCUCCUUCCCGAUGAACAAGAUAGUGAAGCCGCCAUCAAUCAGCGGGUUGAUCAGAUCAAACAGUACCAGAAGCUGAGGGGAUGCGAGGAAGCUGCUGCGGCUAUCUUGGAGUUUCAAAACGCCAUGCAGCUUGAAGGAGACUUCCAAGUACUGGAUGACUUUCGCAAUCAGAUGAGCGACGAUUUUCGCGGGCGCCCUCUCUCAACUAUUGGUGAUGAUGUUUUAGAAAUGGGAAAAGAUCUUGAACAUGUAACAGCAGUUAUGAUUAAAUGCUUGAAGACUGUCGCUGCUUGCAAAGACUAUAUCUAUUGGCUUCGUGAGGAAGUAAAAGGAAGGGACGAGGUGAAAACUCUGGUGGACCUAGCGAUGAUGUCGGCUGGUGAGACUGACAUUGAAACUGAUCGUGUUUCCUGUGUCCACACCACUGCUCUUGGCUUUGCUCCCUUCAUUUUUGAUUUGGACAAAGACACCAGCUUUGGGGAACUUAUCAGGACAUGUGAAAGCGUGUGGAAGGAGAUCGAAAAAGAUACAUCUUUGCUCGAAAAGCUGAAAAGCAUCAGCCGCCAUCUUGAUUGGCUUAAGGGCGUAAAGGAUGAGCAUGCCAUGUCGUCUCUCAAAUUGGCUCAAGCUAUCAACGAAAAAGGAGUCUACUCCAUUGGCAAGUUGCAGGACAGUCCAGCAUCAACUCAGCUCUAUGACAAGAAAAAUGUGGACUCCGUCAUCAGUUUACUGUUACCUCCAAAUGACCAAAGUGGUAAGCCAAAGGAAUUCAGUUUGGAGAAACUUCAGGAUCUACAAAGUAAACUUGCGCUAAUUUCGGGAAAGGAUUCACAACGAGGUCAAGAGGAUAUAAACAAGUUUGGAGAGUUGCUACAAGGUGCCGUUCAACUUGGCCAGGCGUAUGUUAAUCUCUGUGAAAUUGGAGACGUGUCACGCCUCCAUUGGAAUGAAGAAUACAAAUGUAAGAGCUCUAUGGGAAAAAGGAUCAUCGAUGAAAUCCGUUUAAAGAGCGAGGAAUUUGAAGAACUGUACGACGCAUGCAGAGAACAUAUCAACGAGAUGAGGAUGAAAUACCGCGAGUUAAAUUUUUUUACCAUACGGCAACUGUUGUUCUUGCGCAAGGAACUCGCCAGUUUGAAACAGGGCUCGAAAUUGGAAUCUCUUAAUCUCCAAGUUUAUAGUCUUCUGGAAAAAGUUCUUCCAGGCCUUCACCGAAAAUUACUGAAGGAAGCUCUUGGUGAGGCAGGUAUCUGGGAAGCAGGUUUUGAUCUGGAAUUUUACGGCGGCGAAGAUGCACGUAGCACAACAUCCCAGUCCAGUCAAGAUGACCCUGCUAGAGACAUCAAACAGAUAAGUGAAAAGUACGAGAGCCUUCGUGAUAAUGUGGAGAAGUUUAAUCCUUCAGAGCCUGAACGCCUCGCUGUGGCAUCUCUCUGCAACGAUACAGAGGGCUCCGUUGCCGAGCUUGUUCUUUGGUGUGUGCAAAACAAAGACAAAAGCGACCUUAUUGAUGAACUCUACGAGAAAGCUUUGGAAGACACCAGAUUUCGAGGCAUCAUAGGUGAGGAUCUUAAUUCAGACGAAGAGUCAUCACAAUCCUCUCAACAUUCUGAUGAUCAGAUAAGUUUACACGGUGACGAUGAGUUUUCACAUUCAAGUCUACCUGAAGAGGUAAACUUCGAUCUGGACGAAACAUUAGGGGGCACCUUUUUGAGUCUGGACGAAAUUGGCGUAUUUCUGUCCUGCUUGGUUGCCGGAAAUGAGGGAAGAGUUGCAAAGAGAGAAAUCCAAACUUACUUGAAAAAAGGACAGCCGAAUCUCAUGCUUGCAGACAAAGAGAAUAUCUUUUCCGCUGUUCUUGAACUUUAUAAGGACGAGGGAAUGCAUAGUUUGCCAACUAGCGACGAAGUCCUCGUUUGCACAUCUGAAACGACAUCUGAGGAGGUCGAGUUGUUAUGGCGUCGAGCCCUGGCAAGCAAUGGAAAAAAACUUUACUGUUUAGUCAAUGGUGACCUGUUAGACUAUGAUGUCAGUCAAAAGGUUGUGGACUGUUUAUUCACAUUGCUGCAAGAUUAUUCCAACCCUGAAGACUUGGCCCUUGUUGUUCUAUGCAGUAGCGAAAAUGAAGAACGAGCUCAUAUUAUCACCUGUUUGGAGCAGUUCAAAGUAUCAAUGCCGAGAUAUCCUCGACCAGACGAGCUGCGACGAUUCCUCGCAAAACAGUUUAGAGUGCCAGGGCAGAGGCCUGGUGUGUAUCGUGAGCGGCACGUGAUUUGGAAUUCAGCUGCAGAAGUUGGUCGAGCGGAGAACUUAAACGUUCUCGUGGUAUCCUCUGACCACCCUGGAGUUGGAAAAACCUUGGUCGUUCGUAGGCUGGCAGAAGAAUUGGAAAAGCUUCCCAACAAUCAGCUUGUCGUGGAGGCAAUGCUCCAAGAGGGUGAAGAAACACUUCGUUUGUGUGUAACAAUUCCUUUCCACGACAAAAAUGCGCAUGUAGCAGAUGCUGUUGGUUUUUUUCUUCCUCAUGCUAUACCAUCGGAUAUACCUUUGUCCAGAAUUUUUCAUCUUGAUUGUUCCUGUGAGGUAACGCCAGAGUUCGAAACGUUGCUGUUUAAUUUACUGAUCUUGGGUGAGCUGACUGAUGAGUGUGGACGCGUUUGGAGAAGGAACUCCCACGACUUGUAUAUCCUAGAAGUCACCAACCCCACCUCAAUGGGACCUAAGGAGUCACCUGAGGCUUGCAAGUUCGAUGAUCUUCUCCCUCAAAUCAGAUGCUCUCUUCCAAGAGACACUCUUUUCUCCUUGAGAAGAAAAGGCGCAGCAGUAAAAGAAAGUAAUCGCCCAUCAUUUGAUGAGGGAGAAUUAGAGAGCGACGAAGUUCAGCGUGUGUGGCAGUAUCUUCAGCUGAUCAAGGAGGAACCUGAACUUAUCCAGCAGUUUUACUAUAAUCCAAGCAAUAAACGCACGAGUCCAACCGAAUGUCUUAAAACAUUAAUCAGGAACUGUGGAGUUAAGAACCCGUCAUGGUCUGAGCUUCGUUAUUUUGUGAACUUUUUGAACUACCAGCUUAGGGAUUGCGAGAAAAGUACGUUCUGUAACACCUCUUUAGUAGAGGACACCUUGGAAGGAUUCCGGACAUUUGUGGUUAAUUUUAUGAUAAUUAUGUCAAAGGAUUUCUCGAUGCGAUCUUUAACAGACAAAGAUACCAAUCAGAUUCACGGAGCAUCAGCUGGUUCAGAGGAAGAGCAAGAUAUUGUUCCCUUCCGACUCCGGAGACGUUGGGAGAAGAGGCCUCAUCCAUAUAUCUUUUUUCAUCCGGAUCAUGAUACCAUGACUUUCCUCGGAUUCCAAGUUGAUCAAGAAGGAAAUCUUCUGGAUCCGCAGACUCAAAAAAUCAUUCAAGAAGGGAUCAUGACAAGACAUCUUCGCACGGGACUUUCUGUGCAGAAAGUGGAUUUAGAAAACAGCUUUGAGUCCUAUUCGAAGGUUCAAAAAAUUCAGUUGCUGUGCGCUGUCAUGGGUAUCGACUUCGGACAUGAUCCGGAUGACUCGUACGAUCCGGAUGACUCGUACGAGCUGACGGGUGAUAAUGUCAAGAAAAUUCUUGCCAUCUAUAUGAGGUUCAGAUGUAACAUCCCAGUUGUAAUCAUGGGGGAAACAGGAUGCGGAAAAACAAAGCUCAUUCGAUAUUUUUGCGGCCUACAGACAGAGGGAGUUAAACAAAGAAACAUGCUGUUAAUGAAGAUCCAUGGCGGCACCACUUAUAAAGACAUAGAAAGAAAUGUCCUUCAAGCCGAGGCAAUGGCCAUUAAUAAUAGACUGGAGGGCAAAGAUAUCGACACCGUUUUGUUUUUUGAUGAGGCGAAUACUACCGAAGCAUUGGGGAUGAUAAAGGAAAUUAUGGUGGACCGAAGAUGUAACGGUCGUCCCCUGAAUGACAGUUUGAAAUUCAUUGUAGCUUGCAAUCCGUAUCGAAAGCACACAGAUGAAAUGAUACAGAAACUAGAAUCUGCGGGAUUGGGCUACCAUGUAACAGCUGAAGAAACUGCUGAACGCCUCGGUAAAAUCCCAUUGCGUCAUCUUGUUUAUCGUGUUCAUGCAAUACCAGAGAGCAUGCGUAGUAUUGUUUGGGAUUUUGGGCAGUUGAAUCCGGAAGUAGAAGAGCUUUACACCCAACAGAUUGUGAGGAGAUAUGUCAUUCAGCAAAGUCGCCUUCCAGGAGAUGAAAACCUAGUCAUUGCCAUAGCAAGUGUUUUAGCAGCCUCCCAGAGAUUCAUGAGACAGAAAAAGGAUGAAUGCAGCUUUGUUAGCUUACGUGACGUUAAACGAGCCAUGGAGGUCAUGCUGUGGUUUCACAAGCAGUACCAGCACUUUUUUUCUUUGAUGCAAGAAGAGGAAAGUGAAAAUGAAGACGAUAGCGAGAAUGAAGGCGACAUCGAAAAUACACUCGACCUUGAAGAAUCUGUCGCAGGACCAAUUGACCCAGUAACCUGGUCUUUAAUUCUUGCUCUUGGUGUUUGUUACCAAGCACGGUUAACAGAAAGGAAGGAAUACCGUGAGGCAGUAGCGAAAUCAUUUCGAACACCAUGUAGGCUUCCUGGUGGAGCUGAAAAGAUUGAAAGAGAAAUUUGUCGAUGUCAAGAAGCUUUGAUGGGGGAGCUAGAACUUGGACCCAACAUUGCCUGCAACGAAGCCCUUAGUGAAAAUGUGUUUAUGAUGGUGGUGUGCAUUGAGCUGAGGAUUCCAUUAUUUGUGGUUGGUAAACCAGGCAGCUCCAAAUCCCUGGCCAAGACUGUUGUAGCCGAUAACAUGCAGGGAGCAAGAUCAAAAUCUAAACUUUUCAAAAAGUUUAAGCAGAUUCAGUUGGUUUCGUACCAAUGUAGCCCUCAGUCCACCCCUGACGGGAUACUAGCAACAUUUAAACAAUGUAGUAAACUUCAGGAGAGCAAGAACAAACAAGGAACUCCAGACACAUUUGCUUCUGUGGUAGUGCUAGAUGAAGUCGGACUGGCAGAGGACUCGCCAAAAAUGCCCUUAAAAACUCUACAUCCCCUGCUGGAAGAUGAUGACCAAGACGACGAGUUUGUGAUCCAGUCUGGAAAGAGAUUUACACACGUUGCUUUCAUUGGUUUGUCCAACUGGGCGCUGGACCCAGCCAAGAUGAACCGUGGAAUAAUGCUUUGCCGCAAUGAACCUGACGGUGACGAACUGGAGGCAACUGCCAGGGGUAUUUGUGGAGGUGAUGAGGACAUAAUGACACACAUAGAACACCUUAUAACCCCGUUGGUCCGUGGCUACAGAGACCUCUACACCAAACAGAAAACCCUGAAGAAACUGAUCGAGGGAAAGAAAGAUGAAUUUUUUGGACUACGAGACUUCUACAGUCUCAUUAAGAUGAUCGUCUGCAUCGCAAAAGAGCAGGAACGCCGACCAAACUGGGAAGAGCUCGAACGGAUCAUCAAGAGAAACUUCAGUGGCUUACUGGAAGAGGCCUUUAACCCUGUGAAAAUACUUAUGGACCAUAUUGAUUUUCCCGAGGAAUACGUUCAGGAUGAAGAACGUAGAAAAGUGGACUCUCUGGAUCUUAUUAGGGCAAGCCUGAAUCGGGAAAGCGUGAUGGGAGAUGGACGGUAUCUGCUCAUCAUGACUGAGAACUUUGCAGCUUUGCCGAGAAUAAAACAGCUCUUGUUAGAACAAGAUGAGGAAGAACCAUACGUUAUCUUUGGAAGUGGUUUUCCUAAGGACCAGUUAUUCACUCAGGUUUGCCGCAAUAUUAACCGUGUCAAAAUGUGUAUGGAGACGGGCAGAACGGUGAUUUUGCUGAAUCUCGAAAACCUGUAUGAAAGCCUCUACGACGCCUUAAAUCAGUAUUACGUCUCUUUUGGAGGAGAGAAAUAUGUCGACCUUGGACUCGGGAAUAACCGAGUCAAAUGCCGAGUUCACAAAGAUUUCAGGCUUAUUGUCAUUGCCGAAAAGGACGUGGUCUACAACAAGUUUCCCAUUCCUCUGAUUAACCGCUUGGAGAAACACUUCCUUGUUAUGUCAUCUGGACUCACUGAGCCUCAGAAAGAACUGUCUAACGAACUGGAAGACUGGGUUGAAGGUUUUGCGUCUAUACUGCAUCGCACCCACGAAAGACAGAGAAAAUUCACAAAGGGAGAUGCUUUCAUUGGUUACGACGAGGACACUGUUCCGGCCGUGGUUUUGCAAGUUUGUGCUGAGCUUCACAGCGACGGAACCUCCCUCACAGACCAAGAUAGAAAGUAUUGGGUGGAAGAAGUGCUUAGCAUAUGUAAGGAGCGUUUGCUACAGUGUGCGACUCCCGACUCUGUUACUCGUCUCCGUUUCUCACGUCUGAGCCCAAACGCAGACGAAUUAUGGACGAAGUACUUUCACAAGCAAGAACACUCAAGCCUGGCCAACUUUUUAGAAAAAGUAGUCGGGGCUGCCAAGUUUGGUGCCGAUGGGAUGUCUAAUGCAUCAUUUCGUGCCCAAAUUUCGACACACUCUCGUCUUCUGACAGAACGAGACAUUUCUUCCAUUGCCGGUGCUGUUAACCUUCAUCCAAGUUCAGUAAAGUGUGUCUCACUGAAGGAGUUCCAAACUGAACAGGAUUUCUGCAACCGAAUAGGGAGAGACUUUUGGGCCAAGCAGGGAGGAAGGGAGAGCCUGUUAAUCGUUCAGUGCGAUUCGGCUCACCAAAACCUGAAUUUGGUGGCAUGCUCUCGUCAUCUGCUCAUAGAAGAGUUUCGGGAAAUGGAGAAGGAGUUGGGGGAAAUGGCCGAAGAUUCGGACGAGGAUUUAACUGGUACCAGUCACAUACUCAUGAUCAUACAGUUGCCUAGAGUCAGAGGGGGCUGUAAAGAGUUCGUUGGUGUGCAAGGUGAAGGAUGGUUGUCUGUCCACAUCGACGAGUUGUGCCCUCCAAGUGAGGAAAUACCACCGAUUGAAGCACUGUUGGACCGUUCGGUCAGUGAAAUUUUCGAGGGUGCCCUUAACGAAACAGAAAAGAAAGAAAAUCAUCCUACUAUCAGCCAAGUUCUAACAAGUUGCGUGCAAAUGGCGGCCAGCAAGAUCGAGGAUGAUGAAUCAACGCUUGAAAGGGCAACUAGAAGGAUUGAAUUGCUGCUUAACUUACUUUCGAGCACUGGGCAACAGGAUGACAACCGUUUCGAGCUGGUGGUGGCAAAACGACUCCAUGUCUUGCUAGUAGAAAGAGAUCAGCGAGCACCAAAAGAGGGAAAGGAGUGGCUCGAGGACGAGGCCAAAUCGUGCACUGUGAAGGAAACUGGAACAUUCAAAAAAGCACUUUGGCGCCGUUUCCAGUCUGUGGUGGCCCCUAUUCUGGCAGAAGUCAUAGCAUACAUCGAUCGCGACGGAAACCUUGAACUGGCUGCCAGUGAAGACCCUUGGGUAUCACGUCUCUGGUUGAACAUCUUUGAAGACGCGUCUUUUUCGGAUCUCAGUUAUGGAAUGUUUAUGUCUCGAGAGGAAGAUGUGGAGAAAGUCAGAAGCAAAGUUCCAGUUGUAAAAUCAGGUUAUCGAUCGCAUGCCUUUCAAUGCAGGUUUCCAUUUUCGUGGCUCCUCAAAGAACAGAUAGAUGAGAUGUUUCAAGAGGCCAGAAGUAUUGCAGAAAAUUCUCACGAAACCCUCAUUGAAUGCUUACGGAGGUUGUUGGACGCUUCAAGCGUGAGGCAGAUUGUUUCCGAGGCCACCUCAAAAGGCGGCGAUGAUUCAGUGGCUCGUUAUUUGCAUGACUUUACACAGAUGGUGCACAAACCUCAAGAUGAAGCUGAGACUGAGAUUGUUCAAAGAGCGAUUACAGCCGCUGCAAAAGAGCUUCAGAUCCGUGGACGUUCACCAGAUGAUAGGUUCGCCAUGGAUUUUGCACUGAUUCAUGUGGCACAUUCUCGUAUUCAGCAGCGACUCAACUGCUUAGCCUUGUUUCUUCAAGUCAAGCCUGACCUUGCAGAGCACCUUUGUAACAUAUUUUCUUGGGAAGAAAACGAAAUGACUGUUGAUGCUAUUGCUCUGCAAAUGUGCCUGGAACGUAUGGAACCUUAUGCUGAGGAACUAAAGACCACCUCACAGAGACAGGCUUGGUGUGACUCAGUUUUGUCAGUGAAGAUUCCAGUGGAAGAAAUGAUCGGCAAAAGGACGACCGAAGACAAGAUGCGUGUUGGAGAAAAGACUGAGUCCAUGCUAAUACACUGCAGAUCAAUGUGGCAACGCCUUAGUGCCGUGAGACUAUUUAUCGAGCACGCGUAUCCAUCCCAAGACUCAACAGAUUGUGGAGAUUUGCAGAGCAUUUUAAACCUUUGGAAGGCCCUUGGUGAAAAAACAGAUUUUACAAAGGCAGAGUCCCUGCACACUGUUGAACGCUUUUUGAUAAGCUGUGCGAAGGAUUCUCUUCCACGAUUUCAAGAAAAUGAAGACUCUGAAAUACAGGCUAAAUUUAUCCAUCGUUGCAACGCAUUCUUCAUGGAGAUUAUUUCACUGUUUUGCUUUGGAGACGACGUGCGUAAUUUGGAUCCAGACGUAUUUGAAAUGCUCAUGAAAUAUGUUACGGGAACAUACUCUGCUGGUGCAACGAGGGAAUUCUCACCUUUUCCUGAAUCUGGAACAGACAGUAGUCCUGUUGUGAGAUCAUUCCUCUUGCAGCAGCUCAUCAAUUCAAGUGACAAAAAAGCCAAGCAACACCUAGAGCGCUUCCUCUUCCAAGCUCAAGGCCUGUCUUCAGAGGUGCCUCAUAUCCUCAAUGUUUGUCUACUUGCCGUGCAGUGUAUGGAGAACUACCACGAUGGUACAUUGGCCAUGUGCGCUAGCCUCGAUCUUCCACUGCAAAUUGGUAGCGUUAACAAGAUUUGCCAAGAUGCACUAAGCACGUUGCAGGAAGACUUCACAAGUUUUGAUGAAAUCCAGGUAGAUUCAUUGGAAGCAGUGGCUAAAGCACGCUGCUGCUUAAGGAUAGCGGCGUACUACCUAUACCUAAGCUGUGUUAACGACGAUGAAAAGUGGCUUCAAAGGGAUACGCGAGAUACAAUGGCAUACUUCUUCAAUACCGUUCAGGCCCUUUGCUCGUUGGGUCCGCCAGGUUCCAAAUCUCCUGCUCUCUUUCUACUCAAACAGCUAGUGAAACGUUACGGGGGACAUGCCAUUGUUACCGUGUCUGAAAAGCCGGAUCUUGCGUGGAUCGUUCCCGCUGAAUUUCAACGAAGUGAGGACGCUGAGAUGAAUCUGGAUCGGUUUCUUGUGUAUGGAGAGUUAUAUCAGGAAUUAAGAGACUCGAUAGCCAGAGCAAUGUUAAGCAACGACACGGAUGAACUAGUUGCGUCAUUAGAGAAGUUGCGCGAGGUACCGAGGCAACACGCUAAAGAUAUCAUUCUUCUUCUGGCUUUGUAUCGAGAGAUCGCAGUGCCGCAAGGAAUGUGGGCCCAAAACUUGCAGUUUCAGCCUGAAAAAUGUGCUGUAAUUACUGACGUUAUCCUGUCAAGGGUCAGAUUUCUUUCUAUCACUGCGCAACAUUUGGUCACUGGUCUUUUGAGGAAUCCUUUCGGCCUGGGAUUUCCGGUGCUUACCGUCCAAGAGACCCGCAGAGAAGCGGAGAAGGCUUUGCCUGAUAUCUUGUUUCACGUGACUUCCGUCCUUCGGUGCAUAGAUUUUGACGAGUUGCUGAACCCUUUAAAGGAAAUUUUUCUCGCUCCGCGUGAAAUGCUGGACUCUUUUCUUCCAACAAUGCCAGAAGACAAUUUUCAUGAGACUCUUUCAGCCAUGACAGAAGGUGGAAAAUGGUAUCAGUGUCCAAAUGGUCAUCGUUACUUUAUUGGUGACUGUGGAAGACCAGACGAGGAGAGCUUUUGCCCCACUUGCGAGUCGCCAAUUGGAGGACUUAAACAUGAACUGGUUGCCAACAACAGGGAGGCAUGCAGGAUCGACCGUUCUAACAAAGGGCAUAUCUUGGGAGCACCUCGACGUUUUACAGUCACUGAAAGAGAUCUUUCUCCUUCUAUGGUAAGCUUCCUGAGGAUCAUUCUCCAUUCAGCCAUGAUGACCGGAGCCCAAGAAUAUCCUGAGGCCAUUAGUCAGCUUAUACGUGGGCUAGAUGUUGAGCCAGGUAAUGUAACUGGCUUCCUCUGGGACCAUCUUGUGAAUGAUUUAGAGAAUGUAUCGGCCAGCCUGGAAAGAAACGUGGAUGAAGUGUUGCUGAUAGUUCAUCACCUUUUAGCGACGAUUGUGGACCGUUCAACAGCCAGAGAAACUGAUGGUGCUGAAAAGUGGUCAACUAAAGAAAAGAGAAGACAGUGGGAGAACGAGUUUUCGGCCGUAUUUGCAAGACCUCUCUUCACGAACCUUGACGAACAUUUGAAAAAAUUCUAUGCCCUGUCUGUAAACGACAGAAGACUAGGGAACGAUCCACUGAUGCGAGAGGUUUACGAGGUGGACGACCUUUCACUUCCUCGCUCGGCAGCAGACAUCCAUCCUGGCCACGCAGCCUUCUGGAAAUAUAGGACACGUUUGACUGUUGAGCACGUGAUUCGUCAGUUCCAAGACGUUAAAUCAAACAUGGCCUCAUGUAAAGUCCUAGGAAAGUUCUUGGAGGAGGAACACAGACUUCGAGCAGUUCGUCACCUGCCGGACAUACUGACUUUGCUAAGAGUACUAACUGACCGGUUUUAUCGACGAAUCGACAGAGAAGAUGCCAAUAAGCUCACCAUACGAGAGUUUUUGCAAAAAUUGUCCAAAGACCAGAGAGACAAGUUCAAAAAGUUAUUCCAAAGCUUUUGCGCCGCUUGGGAUCAGGUUCGCCAUCAGCUGUGUUCACCAGGUCGUUUUACGCUUUCUCGAGAACAAUGCUCUGAGCCAAUAGAAAUGGCCUCCACCGUAUCCUUGUUACUACCAACAAACGAUGGCUCAGGUGUUUGUUGCAAAGCUUUGCUGUUCUAUUUGGUCAAUGCAAAUAAUGAUAUGGUAGAAGCAUAUCACGGUGCUGUUGGCUCUCACGAAAGCGCACGUUCCACUGCUAAGAUUCCCCUUUCGGAAGUUUCGAUGUCGCAGUUGGUAGCGUAUGACUCGGAAAAGGACUUGCUACCUGUGAUGCUAGCUAACUGCACCUACUCACUAGAGGUAGGAAAGGAAACAUCAUUGCAGUACAACUGGGAAGCCCUCCAGAAGCAGAUAGUUGAUAGGUACUUACGGGGAAGGCCUAUCGUGGAAUUGAAGCUGGAUGAUUUCGUGUUUCGUGAAGAUGACCGCGAUGUGUCCUUCGACAACUUGAGGGAAAAAAUUCCACAGGAGCCAAUUGAUAGUCGUAGCCGUACCCAGAUUCUUGCGGAUUUGAAAGACCUCAGGGACGUGAGUGAUUUGCUCUCAACCCUGGAAAUGGCGGUUGGUUUCUUGUCCAAGGCAGGUGGAAAUCCAGAAACAAAAAUCUGCGAUUAUCUCAAGCGUGUUCUUCGUCUCAGUGAUGGAAAGUCGAGCUUAAAGAGUAAGAAGGCUCAACAGUUUUGCUGUCUGGUUCAUGUGUUGGAUCUGUGGUCCACACUCGCCGUGGCGCGUGCGAAAUCCUUAUUUGAACAUGGACAGGAUCCAUUUGAGAAGAUCUCAGAAAUUUUUAAACAAGAAAUGCAGCGACCCGCAAUCACACGUUUCAGUGCAGCAUUGAAAAAAGUAAACGUUGAUUUGUUUUUGAGUAGAAUCAUCGAAGUCAUCAGUUUGAUGCUUACUCAUGAAGAAGACGUAACCGGUGAACUGAGGCUCAGUGAGUACUUAUCGAUGAGUUUUGACGACAGCUCCGACCUGGACGAGAUUCCCGAUGAAGUCUGCGUAAAGCACGUGAUUCAUGCGUUCCAGCUUGCAGUAGAAAUGCGAGACAGAGACCAAGGACGCAGAAGGUCCAUGAUGUCCUAGGACAUAAUUUUUAGAGUUUUCAGAUUUACGUUUCUAGGCUUCAUUGUUAUUUCAAGGACUUUCCAACUGACUGUUUCCAUGAUUUAUAAUCAAUUGAUGUAUUGUUCAUUGAACAAUAUGCAUGAACUCAAAAUGAAACUGAAAUGAGGAACUACCAGGUUAGAAUAGACGAAUAUAAACUUACAUAUUACCGCGAAAACUUAAUUUUCAAUAACAGUUAUUCAACCAUUAGCAAUAAAGGGUAACAAGUCGUUAUGAAA